AUACAGCUCGCACUCAUGCAAGCACCAUCCAACUGAUCAUCACACACAAGAUGUCCCUUCGUGGUGGCUCCCUCCGUGGCCAUAGAAGAAACGAAGCCUCCGAAGGCCACCACAGAAUCCCACACCAACCCCAAGAGCCCAUGGGGUUGGGGCAGCUAACCCACCCUCUCCCCUUCGCAGCCUUCCCCAUGGAGCCCUCCCCGAUGCUCAACACGCCCCACAUCGACUGGAAGGAGACCUCGGAGGCCCACGUGUACAAGGCGCACCUCCCCGGCUACAACCGCCACGACGUGCGCGUGGAGGUCGACGACGACAGAGUUCUCUGCAUCGUCUGCGGCAAGAGCGCCGAGAAGAAGGAGCACGUGGGCCCCUGGCACCGCGUCCAGCUCUCCUCCGGCCAAUUCGUGCACCGCCUCUCUCUGCCCCAAAACGCCGUCGUUGACCACGUCAAGGCCUAUAUGGAUAACGGCUUCCUCACCAUCACUGUUCCCAAGCACCACAAAGCUCAUCACAACCGUGUCAGGAACAUUAACAUCUCUUCUCGCCCCUGAAUCUGAUCUCCUCCGUUCAAAUGGAACCUACCCUAUGCUUCUAUUAAUUCCAUCAAUAAUUGCUUUCAGCCUUUGUUACGCUCUUCCCAUCCCAAUAUAUAUAUACAUCUAUGCACUGUUAUGCUUAAUGGAAAAUCACACGAACUCCAAAGGCUUUAGAGGAUGCUCCUUUUUACUUCGUUAAUACAAUUAUAGUCACUAUAUUUUAUUGUUG